CCUUCUCUGCCGGUACUCCCUCUACUCUUGGCACUGUCUGCUGCGCACCGGCUCCCUCCGUUCCGGCUACCCGUCAAGCGAGGCCGUCUCCCUCCGCUGAUGCUGGAUCAUCUCCGAACGUCGCUGCAACGAGCUGUUAUCCAGGUCGAUGGAUUUGGGGCAUGUUCAGCUGAGAGAGGAAAACCAACGAUGUUGGUGAGUCGCGCAGCUUAGAGCGGGUCCCCGCCAAGGUAUGUGUGGCUACCACCGGCCCGAAGGAUUCUGAGUCACGUUUGCAUAAGGACGAUGAAAGGAGGGAAGAAGGGGAGCGAUAUAGCAAAGGUGAGUGUCUUUCUACCAUGGUUUUCGGUAGCGUGUCAUCUUAAUCUGAGUCGGUUGGGAGGACUUGAACACCAUGUGUUCGUGCAAAUGCUUAUGAGAGUGUUGUUUUAUCUCGUUGCGUAAGAAUGUGCGAACCUCUGUGAGGCUCCUAUGCCUAAACCUGGGCCUGAUUCUCAUUCAUGGAAAUCUCAAUUCCCUUGUUGUUUUACUUUUAAUUUGUUUCGGAUAUCAUUUAUUAUGUUGUAUUUAACUGUUUUAGAAAUUUUACUUAUUUAUACCAACUUUAUUUAUUUUGCUAUACUUGUAUACUAUCCAUUAUAUCAUUUCUAAACAUUUGCCACGUUCAAUACAAUUCUUCUCAUUUUCAGUUCUUUCCCAAGUUAUGGCCAGAUUAAUUCUCAACUCCAAUUUCUGUACCGCUUCCGCUUUUCGUCCAUGCUUAGGCGAUGUUUUCAGCAGGCGACCUGGAUUAUUACUAGUACUUUCUUUUGGGUUUGUGCGGGUCCAUCAUUUUCUUGAAAGUUUUAAGAAUCUCAUUGAAAGUAACCAAACAAAAAAAAAAAAAUCAAAUUCUAUCCAUAUUAUCAAGCCAUUUGUUGAAAAUUUCGAUUAUUUUUUUAGUUGUAAUAUACUUUAUUUCUUUUCAACCUGUUAUAUAUUGCAACCCGACAUAGCCCACUUGCUGUUAAAUUUUUUCAUGAAAACUGAAAACUCCUUUCCUGUAUUGUCAAUAUAUUAUCAUAACAACGUUUGUGACUUUGACUGUAAAAAAUUGUGUUAAAUUUGUAUUGUCAAAAAAAUUGCAUUUUCAUCUAUAUUAUUAUUUAUCUGGAUUGGCAAAUAUCCUUUCUUUGUUUUUGUUCUGCUAUUGAUUUAAUCUUGGUGAUGCCAUGUUCAGAAGAAGUUUCCACAGCAAGGGCUUAUGUUAUUUUUGUACCUCUUCUGUUUUCAGGUGUUCUGCUUUAGUUGCUCCUCUUUUGUUCUUUUUCUUUAAUAUGCUGCAAGUUUUUUCUAUUUUCAUUGUUCAAGAAAAUAGCAUUUCCUUUUUUCAACAGCAGUUGAUCAUAGGUGAAAGAAUUAUUUAAAAUGGACUGGCACCAUGUAUGUCUACAUUGUCUAGUAAAUAUUCUUUGCUAGCGUUUGGUCAGACGCUGUCCUGUGGAAUCCAUAUUUGCAGAUGGUCAGGCUUUCUGUGAAGAUAUUGUUUGCAGAAAGGAAAAAUUGCUGUUAUGGUAAGAAGUUGAUGCCUGAUCUUACUUGUACCGGGACGGUGGGACCCAUGGUGGUUGGAGAGAUCUUCUCAUGUGGCCAUGCUCGUUAAUGAUGGACUGUUGCUUCUGGUGCUUAACCAUCUCAGCAUAGUCGUCAGAGAAUUAGUCGGGUGAUGCUGUGUGUGGAGGUCUUCAUAUGGCAGAAGGAAGUUCUUCGAUUAUAGAAGAUCAACCCCUCUCAGGCUUUUACAGAAAUGGUUAUUAGUCUGCUUCUUGGUCGAAGUCAGGUAUAAGAUCAAGGAUGGUGCUCCUGCGGCUACACCAUGUACCAGAUUGUGUAACCAGGUUGGCUACAAACAACUUUCAGGAAGGUGGGCGUUUGUUGGUAUCAUUAUUUUCUCAGAUUUUGCAUGUAGACAAGCGUUUCAUGACCAGAAGCAGAAGGGUACAGGACAGAAGCAAGAAUAAGAGAGUGCAAGAUCUAGAAAUUGCAACAGAAAAAUGGAAGAUUGUCUCAAAGGUGUUAUUUGUCAUGGAAACAUUAAAACACGAAAGUGAACAGAUCAUGACCUUGCGAGAAAUGGAACGGUACAGGAAGCAGAUAAAUUUAAAGAAACCACAUAAAAUAUCUGAUUUUCUAAAAAAAUCACCAAAGCUGUUUGAGUUGUACAAAGAUCAGAAGGGUGUAACCUGGUGUGGGCUUACACAGAAAGCUGAGGAAAUGCUUGAAGAGCAAGACAAACUUCAAAAAGAGCAGAAUGACAAGUUAGUCGAGUAUGUGAGCAGGUUUUUGAUGAUGUCAGUUGAUAAGAGGCUCCAAGUAGAUAAGAUUGCACAUUUUAGAAGAGAUAUGGGUCUGCCGGAUGAUUUCAGGGAGAGCUGGAUUCAUAGUUUUCCAGAAAAUUUCAAGGUUGUUAAAGAUGAUGAUCAUGUGGAAUAUUUAGAACUGGUAACAUGGAAUCCUAAGUGGGCAGUGACGGAGCUAGAAAAGAAGUUGGGAGUAGCAAAUUUGGAUAAUCCUCCCUGUCCAGGAUUGCUUAACCUCCCUUUUCCAUUGAAAUUUCCUGAAAAUUAUAAAAAGGUGUUCAGGUAUGGAGGAGCUAUUGAACAUUUUCAGAACCGGUCAUAUCUCUCGCCCUAUGCGGAUGCCAGGGAUUUGAAACCUGGUUCAUUGGAGUUUGAUAAGAGGGCCGUUGCAGUGAUGCAUGAACUGUUGAGCUUCACUCUUGAAAAAAGGCUGGUUGUGGACCAUUUGACCCACUUUCGUAAAGAAUUUGUCAUGCCACAAAAGUUGAUGAGGUUACUUCUGAAGCAUUUUGGCAUCUUCUACGUCUCUGAGAGGGGUAAAAGGUUCAAUGCUUAUCUAAAUGAAGCUUAUAAUGGCUCUGACUUGAUUGAAAAAUGUCCACUAGUUCAAUGGAAGGAGAAGCUUCAAGGACUCGUUGGUUACAGAGGAAGGAAAAGAAGGAUAGAGAUGUUUGAUGGGCAUUCUGAAGGAGAGGAAGGAAACAAUUUUGAGGGGAUUUUGGACAAUAGAUAUUUGGACGCUCUGGAGGAUACUUGCACAGGUGCAGGAUCAGAUGGUUCUGAGAUUGAUGUUGGAGAGAUUGAAAAGGAAUAUUAAGCCAAAGCUGCGAUAAGAUUCUGCAUGUGUAUUGUGACACAUUGCAUUUCCAUCAUAUCUUGUCGUUUUAUUUCUUGUUAUAUCUUAGUAUUAAAAAAUCCACUGUAUACAAAUACAUGAUAAGUUCUACACCUUUUUUCUAGAAAUAACAGAAAAAAUUCUUUUUCCAAUGAUCAAA